AUGGACCUCACGGCAAAACACACAGCCGUCGUGGCCGGCAUCUCCGCCGCCGCCAAGGCUCUCCGCGCGCGCAACGAGGCAAUCUGCGUCGUCGACAGCGCCAGCGAGAUCGACGUACGCCCUACAUCCUCCAGCCCCCGCAGCAGCAGCGGCGGCGGCGGCGGCGGCGGCGGCGGCGGUGGCGGCAGCAGCAACAACAACACGCGAACGGGCUUCAUCGACCUCAGCAAGCUCAACAACGUGCUCUCCAUCGACGCGGCCGCCAAGACCGCCAUCGUCGAACCCAACGUCAAGAUGGGCGACCUCGUACGCGCCACCCUCGCGCACGGGCUCAUGCCACGCGUGGUCCCCGAGUUCCCCGAAGUCCGCGUCGGCGCCGCCUUCGCCGGCAGCAGCGCGGUGCAGAGCACCUCGUUCCGCGAGGGCCACUUCGCCGACGGGGUCGCCGCCAUCGAGGUCGUCCUGGGCGACGGGCAGGUGGUGCGGGCGUCGGCGUUUGCAAACGCGGACCUGCUGGACGCCGCGGGCGCGGGCACGAUGGGCACGCUGGGCAUCGUGACGGAGCUGUCGGUGCGGCUGGCGCCCGCGCGCAAGUUCGUCAAGGCGACGUACGCCCGCUUCGGGUCCGUGGCGGCGCUCGUCGAGGGCAUGAGCGCGCUGGUGGACGAGGGCGGGUUCGACUUCGUGGACGGCAUCGCCUUCUCCGCAACGCACGGCUCGUGGGACCCUUGGUUCUACCAGCAGGUGCGCGGACGGACGGAGCGCGCCCACGCGGACUUUAGCCCCAUUGACUACAUCCCCGUCGAGGAGUACCUCUUCCGGUAUAACCGCGGCGGGUUCUGGCUUGGCAACGAGGUGUUUAAGCGGCUUGGGGCGGACGCGUCGAAUCGGUUUACGCGCAGGCUCCUUGACCGGUUCUCGAGCAGUCGCAAGGGCUUGGCCGAGUCGCAGGAGACGUUUGCUGGCAACGUCAUUAUCCAAGACGUCUCGGUUCCCAUCGAGGCAGCCUCGGCUUUUGUUGCGACGGCGGCGGAGCACCUCGAUCUGUGGCCCGUGUGGCUCUGUCCGGUCAGGGAGCCCGCAAGGCCUACGUUCCACCCUCACUCCGACAGCCAACAGUCCAAUGGGCCAUUCCUGCUUGUCAAUGUAGGAAUCUGGGGCAGACCCAAGGCCGUGUCGGCGAGCAAAGACAAGGACCAAGCCAAAGACAAAGCCAAGGACACAGCCAAGGAGAAGGACAAGGAGAAGGACAAGGAGAAGGACAAGGACAAAGUCAAGACCAAAUUCAAGGGCGGAAAGGACGCGGCGCAGGCUAACCGGGACCUCGAAGCGUGGGCAGCCAAACACGGGGGCGCAAGACGCUGUGCUCCCCGCGUAUUACUCAAGGAACAGUUUUGGAAACUGUACGACGGGGUAUGGUACGACAAGCUCAGAGAAAAGUACGCCGCCUCCGGGUUCCCCACCGUGUACGAAAAGAUUUGCGCAGACGAGGCAGCGUCGCCAAAGCCCGGGAUCAUCGCUUGGCCUUCGCGGUUCGCCAUGUCCAAGGAGAACAACUUUGCCCACCCUCGGGAUGCAGUGAUUGCGCACCAGGCUCGAAGGAUCUAG